AUGAGGAAACGUGGGAGGGAAGAGGACAAAGACAACGAUGAAGAAGAAAAUAGACGGGUGGUUUACAAGACCCAAAGUUUGAAGGAGAAGUGUUUAUACUGUGGACUCGAAUUUGGAACGUAUUUGCAUUGUGAGUCCCACAUCAUCAUGGCGCAUCAAAAUUCAUGUACAGCAUGUGACAAGGUUUUCCCCAGUGAACAUAUACUAUACUUGCACAUUGAUGAAGUCCACAAUCCGAUUCUUGAAUUGAAACGAAAAUCACGCGGCGUAAAGACGUUUCGUUGUUUUGUCGAAACAUGCGACGCUCAAUUUCACAACCACUACGAGAGGAGACUACAUUUGAUCCAAAAACACAAGUACCCGCAUGAUUAUCCAUUUGUUCAGAUUACAACAACGGGAAUUUGA